AUGAAUCAGAUGGAACUUUCUUCUGAGGAGUUGCGCUCUCUCCCACCAAAGCCACCGAAUUUAGCCGCAGCUUCACCAAAGAGACGGUUUGUCAAGUUGGGAAGGAAGACAAGUGAUGGCUCUCAGCAAUCAGCUUCGUCCUCUGGAAGUUCAUCCGCCGGCAGGCCAGCCGAGGGCGUGGCCGUCAGACAGCCCAGCAAGAGCCGCAUACGUCGCCAUACCAACCGCCUGUCAGGUGUCUUCCUCCGCGGCCCCGCCUCGAGCUCAAGCUCAAGCUCCAUGGCGCUGACAGCAGGCAUCAGGUCCUCACUGUCCGUCCAAGCCAGGAAGGGAAGCAUGAUCUCUGCAGAUGUUUUAAGAGCGGAUGACCCGGCUGAGCUGUCCAAUCAGAUAACUGCUCCAGGAAUCCUGAAGAUCUUUGGAAAUGAAAUCUGUGAGGGGGCUCACUAUAAGAGCGUCCUGGCCACCACACACUCAAGUGCGAAAGAGCUAGUCAAAGAGGCCCUUGAACGCUAUGGCCUGGGCAAGGAGGAGGCAGAGUCCUACGUUCUCUGCGACACCAUCGGCUCCACUGGCAAUCAUCAGUGGAGGACGGAGGGGUUCAGAGUCGUGGGCGACAAUGAGAAGCCCCUCCUCCUGCAGUCACUAUGGAAACCCAGAGAAGGCCUGGCAAGACGGUUUGAAAUCCAGAAGAGAAGUUUGAUAGAGGAGAAGACAUCCAAAGACAAAGACACCAUUACUGCUGGUAUCAAUGCCCAGGCUCGAAAGCUGCAGAAGAGCCGCUCCAGAGUGACCUCCACCCUCAUAGAGAGGACCAUGGGGCGAAGCCACAAACUGUGGAGGAGCAAAAGCGAGAUGGACCUCUUAGAUUCUGAUGCACAGACAACACAGGACACAGAUCAGGAUAAAUGUCGUGUGGAUCGAAGCGAGAGCCUGAAUCAAACUUCAGCGGAGAGUUAUGAGCGCCCAGAAACAAGUCCAGAACAGAAUCCCAUUCACAGCCUUGAAGUCCCCUCUGAGGGGGCCAGUGGGUCACGGGCCAAAACAGAGACCCUCUGUCUGUCGAGGCAGAGAGGCGAGCGCGAAGGAGAGGAGUCAGAGAGAGAGGAGACGGAAAGCAGCGAUGACAACACCACACAGUACUCCAUUCACCCCCCUCACGACUGUCCAUACCUGCUGUUGCUGCAGGGCUGCAGCCUCACACAGGACUUUGUCAUCUACCUACUUGCUGGAUCAAACGUUGUAUUCGGUCGGCAAAUUGAUCACAAAGAUGGCUCAAAGCCUGACAUCCCUCUCUUUGCUGCUGACAUCUCUCCGAGACACUGCUGUUUCCAUCGGCACAGCGCCGGCGGCCCCACCAUGCUCUGCCCUUGCCAGGACGCCGUGGUGACGAGGAACGGCGAGGUGCUGGGAACGGAAGUGCAGCUUAACCCUGGUGAUGUCAUCGGGCUGGGACAGCGCUACCUGUUUCUUUUCAAGGAUCCUUUAGCUGUGGCACACAAGGACGUGAACACUGCUGCUCCUGAACCCAGCAGGACUACUAUCCCCUGGAUUCUGGGUCAUACCUCUUCUGACUCGACAACAAGCCAUACUGGAGAAAUGAUCCUCUGCAACACCUGCAUCACAUCCUGCACUGACCUGCAGGGCUCAAACAGCAAGCUGCCCCAAAACACAGGCCUCCCCUUUGUAAAAUCACCCAGCGGCCACAGCCUGACUCUGAAAUACGACAGUAAGGACGAGGAUCACAUUGUCAAGAAGAUUGUUGCUACAGGAAAUAGCAGCAUCAAAGGCAGACCACCACAGACUGUAGCAUUUUUGUUGUGCCUGUGUGUCCAGUAUUCGUCCGCAUGCCUUCAUACCUCAGACCUGCGCAGGCUACUGUUGCUUAUUGCAGGUGGCGUUCAGAGUGCCAUAUGGGAGCACACUAAGGACCUAGCUGCAGCUCAACCUGAAGCUCUUCAUGGUGAAGGCUCAAACUCAGAGGACCUCCAGGCUCUCAGCCUGCAUGAGGUGAUCUCAGGACUGUGCCCCCUGGUGGUGUGGAUGUCCAACAGCCUGGAGCUGCUGCAGUUCAUCCAGUUCCAGCUGCCUCUUAUUCUGGAGUGGAGAACCCGAAAAGAACAGGGACAGGACGAUGAAGAAGAAGGGGACAGUGAGGAGAACACAGAGGUGGAAAACUUGGCCCUGUUGGAGCUACGUCUGUCCUGUGUCCGUUCAGCCAGCGAGGAGACAAUGGCUGUCCUGGAGGAGGUCAUCAUGCUCGCCUUCCAGCAGUGUGUGUACUACAUCACCAAGGUCCUCUACCCCAUCCUGCCGGACCUUCUGGACUGCAACCCGUUCAGGGAGAGUCCUGACCUGCAGGUGACUGACGAGAGCGCUCGGGUCUUGGGUAGCGGUGGACUACAGGUCCCUUGUGAGAUACAGCAUCUUGUGGAGGUUUUGACCAACACGUGGAGACUACUGUCAGACUGCCAGCUCCACCCAGAGAUUUCCUCACAGCUCAUUGGUUACCUGUUCUACUUCAUCAACGCAUCACUCUUCAACUCGCUCAUGGAGAGAGGCUCUGAGCCAGGUUUCUACCAGUGGUCCAGAGGCGUAUGCAUGCGGGCCAAUCUUGACUUGCUCCUGGACUGGGCCCAUGCAGCUGGACUGGGAGAACUGGCCUUGGAGCACACACACACUCUCUCAUCAGCUAUCAAUCUGCUAGCUACACCUAGAAAGAAUUUACUGCAGACAUCUUGGGAGUCCUUGCGGUCUGACUACCCUGCCCUGAGUCCAGCCCAGCUGAACCACCUGCUGAGUCUUUACAGCCCAGUGUCUCCAUGCAGACACAGUUGGACUCCAUCCGUUCAUGAGCAGGCUGCAGCACACAAAACUGCUGAUAUCCUGGAGAGUUUUGACACCCACCAUCCUCUGGUGCUGCCAGAUGGAAGUUACCGGUUCCAACUGGGAAGGGAGGUAACAGAUUCGGGCCUGGAGGUAGAGCUGGACAAGCUGAAAGAGUUCAUUUCCACACUUUCAGACUCAGACGCCAAAAGGGUCACAGUUACUGAGGAGCAAGAGGUACGGCUAUUUGUAAUCCAGGGUGGUACCAUUACCAUGGAGGCUAAACUGACGAACAGCUAUAACUUUUCAAAAGCCAGUCUGGAAACUGUGGAUACAUCCUCAGACAUGGUCUUAUCUCAGGCUACUGUCCAUGACUGCCUGUCCCCUUCUGCUAACUCUGGUGCCUUACCUUCAUCAAAACCAUCACCUUCCUCCAUCCAGUACAUGGAUGAAUUCAACUCCUGUGGUGCCCUCCUUUUGUUCCAGAGGCUCAGAAAUCUACAGCUGCAGGCCAGAGAGACUGAGACCAAAGCUCUGGACCCUUCCUGUCUCCUCACCCCACCCAACACCCCUCACACUAUAGAUCCUGUUGAUUUGUUGAAGGCACACCAGGAUAAUUGGGUGAAGGGCAACAGCGAGACACUUGCCUGGUCCUCUGGUGUAGAUGCACAUGAUGAAGGUGGAUUAGUGUUUGAAUGUCUGGCGGCACUGAAAGUUGACAUGAAAUCAGAUUGCCCCAGGAUGAAAAGAUUUGUUGAACUGGAAGAGGAGGAGGAGUUGGAAGAGGAAGAGGCAGAUGACCAUUAUGAUGGCAUUAAUGAUGAGCUUUUUACCUUGGAGCUGGAGCGAGGUGAAAAAGGACUUGGUCUUGCUCUGGUUGAUACAAGGGACAUUUCCUUGAGGGUGAAAGGCGUCUUCAUCCGUGCAGUGGUCCCAGACUCUCCUGCAGCCCGGUGUGAGAAACUGGCACCAGGAGACAGGAUCCUGGCUGUUAAUGGAGUCAGUCUGCUCGGACUGGACUACCAGAGUGGAAAGGAGCUGAUCCAGUCAUCAGGUGACAGACUGAGGUUACUGGUGGCCAGAUCUGACUGGAUGGCUAAAGCUCUACAGACUGAAUGAUGACAGCAUUUUCCACUGCUUUUUUAACCAGAGGUGACUUAUAGAGGACCAUAAGAGCUUGAAGAACAACUUCAGAACAUGGACCUUAAUAUAUGGAUGUGGGGAUUAAGAAGACAAAAAUGCAUUACAACAUGAUGUCUUUGCUGAACUGAGAACCAGGUUUUAGCUGCUCAUUGUAAUUUUGCAGCUUUUAAUUUACAAUGUAAUAGCUUGAUAGUAAUUAUUGAUGUCUGUAUUUGUGGCUGUGUUCCAGUGAAUACAGCAUUUAGAUUUUUUGAGUUUUCCCUCAACAUUCUAAAUUUAUUGGGUGGGGUGUGGUCAGGGUUGGAUUCACACAUCACUGCUGCCACUUUCAAAGCCUUUGUCCAGCUCACUUAAGCCAGUGGCAGAGGAACACUUGUCCAUCAACGACUGUUUUCCAGUCCCAAAGCCUUUCAGUCACCCUAAACACCACCAGACACAGGACCACACGAGUGAGACACCACCUACACUGGACAAAAUGGUGCUAUUACCUGCAUGUCAACGAGGCUGCAGAGACUGGUGCAAUUAGAUGCUUGCCUAGAAAAGGUCAACCUCUACUUUUACAAAUGCAGCCCUCUGUCUCCAGUGUUUUACACGGACAAGCUAAAAGGUUCAUUGAACGUGCUUAUGUUUUUGGUGAAAGCGAACUGGAGGUAUCUGUUUGCAACUAAUGAACGCAGGUCAUUUGACAAAACAAAAUUGAAGAAAUGAAUGUGAACUCUGUCAUUUUAGUCAAACUUGAUCGGGGUCACCAAAGAAAGAAGCUUUCCACAAGAAGCUUCAAUGAGGAAACAUAAGUUUCACCCCAUUGUCACAUAACUGCAACACUACCAUUUGUCAUUUGUCUGAAACAUAACAAGCACCAUUUAAGGUGUAGCAGCGUUGCCAUUCUUGAAAAUUUGAAUCUUUAUUCAUCAUGUUUAUGAAAAGAUUUGAUAUGUGAUGACUGUUACAUGUUCUUGAUUCAUGGUUGUCUGAUAAAUGAACCAUAAAAACACAUUGUCACGUUUGUUCAUUAAACAGAUGGUUUCUUUACAUGAUCUCUUAAUUUCCAGGUUGGCCCAUAGUAACAGCCA